AUGAAUCAAAGCCCAACGAUUUAUGUGCUUAUUAAAAGAACAGAUGAAGUUGAUUGGGCAACCCCUCUCAAGAAAUAUAUUCAAACUACCUAUCAAGAAGAUCCUGAAAAAUAUGCCGAUGAAGCUAAUGCUAUUCAUCGUUUAAGACAAGAUAUGAGAGGUGCGGGCAAAGAUGUAACUGGUAGAGAUUUAUUGUAUCGGUAUUACGGCCAAUUGGAAUUGCUUGAUUUGAGAUUUCCUAUUGAUGAAAAUCACAUUAAAAUUCCUUUUACAUGGUAUGACGCCUUUACACACAAAGCAACUUCUCAACAUUCACUUGCAUAUGAGAAAGCUUGUACCAUUUUUAACAUUGCAGCCAAUCUAUCUGCUAUAGCUGCUUCUGAAAAUUGGUCAGAACAAGAAGGGUUUAAACGAUCUUAUAAUUUUUUUCAAGCAUCAGCAGGAAUGUUCACCUAUAUUAAUGAUAAUUUCUUGCAUGCUCCUUCAACUGAUUUAAAUCGUGACACUGUUAAACUAUUAUCACAAUUAAUGUUAUCACAGGCUCAAGAAUGUAUGUUUGAACAAAGUUUAUGUUCAAAGAAAAAACCAACUUUAAUUGCCAAGUUAGCUGCUCAACUUGGAUGGUCUUAUGGUAAUAUUGUUGAAAAUAUGGCUGACCUUAUUUCAAAAAGCACAUUUGAUAAAAGCUGGUCAACUGUUUGUCAGAUUAAACACAAAUAUUAUUCAUCAAUUGCACAAUAUCAAAAGGCAUUGGCUUGUGAAGCAGAAAAUAAAUAUGGUGAAUGUGUUGGUCGUUUGAAUAUUGCAGAAAAUUUUGCAAAGGAUGCAAACAAACUUGGCAAUAAUUUUGUUUCAUCUUUUUCUCCAACAAACACACCUACACUACCCCCUGAAGCUGCAACUUCUUUACAAGAUCUAACAAAAUCCAAUCUUGCUCUUGUUACAGAAAAAAAAAUUUCAGCAACUCGUGAUAAUGAUUUAGUUUAUCAUGAAGUUGUACCACAAGAAAGUAUUAUUUCUCCAAUUGAAAAGGUGAAUGCUGCAAAAACCAUUUUAAUUUCGGAUCUUUAUGGUCCAAAUGAGAUCCAAAAGGUCAUUGGUCCAGAUAUAUUUCAACGGCUUAUUCCAUUAUCAGUCCAUGAAUCCGCAUCUUUGUAUUCUGAAGAGCAAUCAAAAAUGAUACGUGGUGAAACUGAAAGAUGUGAUCUGGCAGAUAGUGAAUUAGAUACUGCAUUGGAAUAUAUGAAACUGCCUGGUAUUUUGGCUAAGUUCAAAGAAACUAAUGACACCUCUAAAUCAAUAAAUGAAUUAGCAACACCUACUCCUGAAGUUAGACAAUUGGCUAAUACAAUCCAAGAAGAAGAGCAACAAAAGGGUUCAUUAAAUGAGCUAAUUAUAACAUUAAAUGGAUUGAAAACCCGAUCUAAAGAAUUGUUGAAUGAUAUUAAUGCUCUUUUGGAAAAUGAAAAAAAAGAAUAUGAAUCUCUGAAGUCCAAAUAUCAUAAUUCUUGGACACAACCAACUUCGUCAUCUCUUAACAGUGUUUUUCAUCAAGAUUUAUCAAAUCAUUGUGACACACUUGAAAAAGCUACAAAUUCUGAUAGACACUUGACUCAAUUAUAUGAUCAUAUAAAAAAUGAUAUAAAAAUUUUGAGCAAUGGAGAAAAUGGUGAAGAACUAGAAAAAUUAUUUGCGGAAACAAUUGCAUCUAUUGUUGGUAGCAAUAAUAUUGCAAAAAUGAGUGAAGAAUCAAAAACAGGCUCUGAAAAUCCAAAUUUUGAAGAACAAGUUUCUAAUAAAGCACAAAAAAUUGAAGAAUAUUUAAAUAAUCUUCAAAAGAUCAAAAAAGAAAGAAUGGAAACCUUAAAAGAUUUAAAGGAAAAGAUACACCAAGAUGAUAUAUCACACAUUCUUAUUCUUAACAAGAAGAAUCAAAACAUCGAACCACAACUUUUUGCCACUGAGCUUGAAAAGUUUUCACCUUAUAAAAAUCGUAUCACUGCCAGUAUUCAUCAUCAACAAGCAUUAUUACAAGAGUUAACCUUACAUUAUAAAAGUUUAAUGCAAGGUAAUGAAGCAAAAACUUUACAAGGACAAUGGGAUCGCAUUGAGCAUCAAAGAAAAACUAUUUCUGAAAAAUUAAGAAAAUCCAAAGAUAAUUAUUUUGAAGUCAAAGAAGGACUUAGAAAAGGAAUUCAAUUUUAUGUUGAUUUGUUAGAUUUAAUCAAUACUUUACACAAAAGUGCACAACAAUUUUCUGAUUCUCGUCAAAAGGAGCGUAAUGAUCUAAUUCAAUCUAUUCACAAACAGGAUCAACAAAGAUUAAAAGAACAAUUAGAAAUAUUGAGUAAUGCUACAAAUAGUUCAAAAGUUGGUUCAUAUGAUUCUUUGGAACAAAGAUUGGUUGAAGAAACUAGUAAAAUGUCUCUCAAUACAACUAAUGUGCUAAAGGACAAUAUUUACAAUAGUCCACCACCAUUAUUACAGCAGCAACAGCAACAGCAAAAUAGUGGUUAUGGAUUACACCAAUCCAUUCCACAACAAAUAAGUACACAAUUUCAAUAUCAACAACCACCUCAAAAAACCUUUUCAAGGCCUACAAGUUUGUAUGGUUCUACUUCUCAGCCAUUACAACAAACACCACAACAGCAACCAUCACAAAAAACCUUUUCAAGACCUACAAGUUUGUAUGGUUCUACUUCUCAACCAUUGCAAACACCACAACAACAAACUCAAUCACAACAAUUAUCACAAGUGCCUCAACUACAACAGGCUCCACAAGUGCCUCAACUACCAAUAUAUGCUCCAUUAAAUUAUGGCCUUAAUCAAUCUCAAUCACCUCAAAAACCACAACUUCAACAACAGCAAUUACAACAACUACAUUUACAGCAGCAGCAGCAGCAACAAUUGCAACAGCAGCAGCAGCAGCUACAACAACAGCAAUUAAAACAACAACAGCUACAACAGCAGCAGCUACAACAACAACAAUUACAACAGCAACAAUUGCAACUACAACAAUUACAACAGCAACAGCUGCAACAACAAAAAUUACAACAGUUGCAACAAAUCACAAAACAAGCUAAUAUAAUAAGUUUGCCACACUAUCCUACACCAUCUGUUAUACUUCCUCAACAACAUCAAACAAAUAUUUUGCAACCUCAAGGAUUUAAUCAACCUUUGCAAAACUCAAAUAUACAACAGCAGCAACAAAAUUAUUAUCAAACUACAUCUAUUCCAUCUCCACAAGUUCAUCAUAUGAAAUAUUCAUUUUCAAACAUCAAUCAGAUAUCUUUUAUUGAAAGCGAUGAUGAUACAUUCGGACACGCUUAUAUGAGUUGUGAAGAAAAAUAUUUGUUACGACAAUCGGAUUACAGAACUCCUCAGACUGGAUCAACAAAUGUAAUAGGAACUGGUAUUUAUCCUCAACAAUAUUUAACCUCAACUUAUCCAAAUAAUGCAUCAUAUUUACAAGCUAGUAACAGUAAUAUGAAUCCUAUGAUGUCAAUUACAGGAACUAGAUCUGUUUAUCCAGUACCUGUUGCAUCUCUAGCAUCAAUAACAGGAAAUGGUAUGCCUGCUGCAAAACGUGUUGCACUUGCUCCUACAACAACAACACAACCUAUUCAAAACAUCUAUCCUAAUUUAGCUCAAAAUCAACUCCAAUUAGCUCAAAAUCAACUUUAUGGUAGUAGUGGUAAUAGUACUUUCUCUAAUCAAUUGAUAAAUACUGUAAGAACCGCAAACACUGUACCAACUCAAACCUACUUAGGCACAGAUGGCUCAAGUAUUGAUGCUCAAUCAUUUGAAAAUCAAAUGGAUUGGUUAGAAUUAACUAACGAUGAAGAUAUUGUUUAUGAUGAUUUUAGUUACAAUACUGAGUUUUCAAAUACUCCUAGCACUAGUAAUAUAGAAGGAAAUAUAUCGGAUUGGACUCAUGGCUCUUUAUUACAAAAAAAUAUUAACUAUUCAAAUCAAAAUCUUUCUUCAAAAUCUUCAUGUCCACUAAUUAGUCCAAAUAGUCACCAAAAAAAUAAUUCACAACAACAAGAAUCACAGCAACAGCAACAAAAGCAACAAAAUGACAAAGAUCAAUCACCACUACAAUCACAACAAGAUCAACAAAAAUUAGAUCAAGAUCAAGAAUUGGUUUCACAACCAGUUCAAUCUACAUUACAAUCACAUUGCACAAAAUUUAUCUCCAAAAAAUAUUCAAAAUUUGAUGACGAUGAUAACAACAAUAAUAAUGGUUCUUCUGUAAGUUCAAAUUUUCAAAAUAAUUCUUAUGAUAAUUCUGUUUUUCUUGCCAAUACAAAAUUUAAUCAUUCUUUAAAUGACAUUAAACAACAGCAACAGCAACAUAAUGACAAUUCAAAUCAACAAUCUGCUACAAUUGUACCAACCAAUUUAUUGAAUAUAUCAAAUGCACCACCACCAAAACUUCAUUUACCAACUAAUCAAGGAAUAGCUGGUAGAAGAAACCGUCAGGUUAACAAACAAUCUGAAAAAAAUCCUUCUGUUGCUAAUAAUAUAUCACCAAUACCUUCAGUCUCAUCACAAUUUCCUAAUCAACCAUCUUCAAUGCCAACUACAAACCCUAUUACCACUAAUACCAUUAAACCACCCAGAUUAGUUUAUGCACCAAAAACACGUAGAGUGGAUAGUUAUGGUGGUUUAGAUUUAACAGUUUUUGAAAGGUUGCCAUUGCCUUUAAUUGUACCAAUAAUUCAAGAUUUAGGCGCUGUUGAUAUUCAUGCUCUUACAAUGUCAUUAAAAUCAGGAAUGAAAUUGGAAGUUACAAAUGCACUUAACACAUUAACAAUAAUUUCAAGUUAUAAAAAUGCAUUGUUAGAUUUGAAUAGAUGUGAUGAACUGGUUGAUGUAUUGAUUGAUAUAAUAAUGGAAUAUUUGGAUUGUGUAUCAAUCAAUUAUUAUUGUUAUUCUAAUGAAUCUAAAGGGGAAAAUUCAUUACCAAAUAAUAAAUUUUUGACAUAUUUAGAGUUAUUUCAACAAUCAAAAAGAGAAUGUGAAGAGUUUUCAGAUGUUGAACUUGAACAAUUUUCUAUUUCAGAAGGAUGGUUACAAUUACAUGAACAGUGUUGGUGUGCAUUGAAUAUAAUUAGGAACUUUUCUUUUAUACAUGAGAAUCAUAAAUAUUUAGCACAUCAUCCAAGAAUUUUAGGAACAUUUAUGGAAAUUUUAUAUCUUGGAUCAAUUGAUAAUUAUGAUUGUAAAUUCAAAUUUUUUGUAAUGAUUCUAAAUAAAUCUUCAAGAACAGAUUUACAUAAUAAAAAAAGAUAUGCAAGGAAAAAAGCUUAUGAUAUAUUAGAAUAUCGUAAAAUUGUUUUAAUAAUUUUAUCAAAUAUUGCAGGAUAUGUCUCAAUGCCUUCAAUACUAGCAGCAAGAGAUCUUCUAUUGAUAAUUUCUGAUUUUCUAAAUAAUUCAGAUGAUUAUUAUGCACAGAUAGCAUUAGAAGUUUUAUCCAAGUUGACAGUCUCAUAUGAAAAUAGACAGAAAGUUAGUGAAUGUGAUGAGGAUACAUUGAAAUCAAUUUUUGAAAAGCUUGUAAGGUUAUUACCAAAAGUAGAAAGUGAUAUUUAUAGUAGAUAUAAUUAUAAUGGCAAUAUUAUAACGCAUACAUCAUCAUUUCAAGAAUUACCAUUCUUAGCUACCUUAAUAAUGUCAUUUUUUAAUUUUGCAAGUUUGAAUAAUGAAACAAUGAAAAAAAGGAUUAUAGCCACAUCAGGGUUUAUAAAUCGAAUGCUUAAAAUGACAUUGAUAUUGGCAAGCAUUAGAAAUAUUAGAACAGGUGCUAAUGAAGAAGAUUGUGUUAUGUUGGCUAGAAGAUCAAUGGAAAUGCUCAAAGUAUUGGCUAAAGGAAAUAAAGAAAGUUUUCUUUUAUAUAAUGAACAGUUAUUAAAUGCUUUAUUAAUUCCAUAUAUUGAUCCUGUUGUAGUAAAAGAUUUAGAAACCAUUGUUAUUUAUCCAGUUGAUAUAUAA